AUGGCUGUCGGAAAGAACAAGAGAUUGUCGAAGGGCAAGAAGGGUCUCAAGAAGAAGACCCAGGACCCCUUCGCCCGCAAGGACUGGUACGGAAUCAAGGCUCCGGCGCCUUUUAACAUCAGGGAUGUCGGCAAGACUCUAGUCAACAGGAGCAGUGGUAUGAAGAACGCCAACGAUGCGCUGAAGGGCCGCAUCUUCGAGGUCUCACUCGCCGACCUCCAGAAGGACGAGGACCACGCAUUCCGCAAAAUCAAGCUCCGGGUCGACGAGGUCCAGGGCAAGAACUGCUUGACCAACUUCCACGGUCUUGACUUCACCAGCGACAAGCUGAGGUCGCUUGUCCGCAAGUGGCAAUCCCUGAUCGAGGCCAACGUCACGGUCAAGACCACCGACGACUACCUCCUUCGCCUUUUCGCCAUUGCUUUCACCAAGCGCCGCCCCAACCAGAUCAAGAAGACCACCUACGCCGCCAGCUCUCAGAUCCGUGCCAUCAGGAGGAAGAUGACCGAGAUCAUCCAGCGCGAGGCAUCUACUUGCACCCUGCAGCAGCUCACCAACAAGCUGAUCCCCGAGGUCAUUGGCCGCGAGAUUGAGAAGGCCACUCAAGGCAUCUACCCCCUGCAGAACGUGCACAUCCGCAAGGUUAAGCUGCUGAAGCAGCCCAAGUUCGACCUUGGUGGCCUCCUGGCCCUGCACGGCGAGUCGACGACAGACGAGCAAGGCCAGAAGGUUGAGAGGGAGUUCAAGGAGCGCGUUCUCGAGGAGGUUUAA